CAUGUGGGCUGGACUGUUGCUCCGUGUUGCCUGCAUCGUGAUCCUGUUGCUGGGGUCCUCCGCCCGGGGCUACACCGGGAGGAAGGCGCCUGGGCACUACUCGGCCGAGAGGCGUCGUCUCGGCCCCCAUGUCUGCCUCUCGGGCUUCGGGAGUGGCUGCUGCCCUGGCUGGGCCCCUUCCAUGGGUGGCGGGCAUUGUACUCUGCCCCUCUGCUCCUUUGGCUGUGGGAGUGGCAUCUGCAUCGCCCCCAAUGUCUGUUCCUGCCAGGAUGGAGAGCAAGGGGCCACUUGCCCAGAAGCCCAUGGAUCCUGUGGGGAGUAUGGCUGUGAUCUCACCUGUAACCAUGGUGGCUGUCAGGAGGUAGCCCGAGUGUGCCCUGUGGGUUUCUUGAUGACUGAGACAGCUGUUGGUAUCAGGUGUGCAGACAUUGACGAGUGUUUAAGCUCAUCUUGUGAGGGCCGCUGUGUGAACACGGAAGGCGGCUUCGUGUGUGAAUGUGGGCCAGGCAUGCAGUUGUCUGCUGACCGUCAUAGCUGCCAAGACACCGAUGAGUGCCUGGGCACGCCCUGCCAGCAGAGAUGUAAGAACAGCAUUGGCAGCUAUAAGUGCUCCUGCCGCGCCGGCUUCCACCUCCAUGGCAACCGGCACUCCUGUAUAGAUGUAAACGAGUGUCGACGACCUCAGGAGAGGCGAGUCUGCCACCACUCCUGCCAUAACACUGUGGGCAGCUUCCUGUGCACCUGCAGACCUGGCUUCAGGCUUCGAGCUGACCGUGUGUCCUGUGAAGCUUUCCCGAAGGCCGUUCAGGCCCCAUCUGCCAUCCUGCAGCCCCGGCAGCAACCUGCUAAGAUGUCCCUGCUCCUUCCCGAGGCAGGCCGGCCUGCCUUGUCCCCGGGACACAGCCCUCCUCCAGGGGCACCGGGAUACCCCACUGGCGUCAGAACAACUCAUCAGUCAUCUACCACCCUGGGCCUACCCACAUUCUUUCCCACACAGUUGCUAUCCACCCCAGGGCCAAGUUCCUCCCUCCUGGGGACCCUCCGACCCCCCUCACUCCUCCAGGGGGAGGCAGUAGGGACCCCUUCCUCACCCAGGGUCCCGGAAGGUGCGAAGCUUGGAACAGGUCUCUCUUCCUGCUGGUACCAGGGAGCCACAUAUGAAUCAGGGAGCCGCUGGAACGAGCCUGAGUGCUCGCAGUGCUUGUGCCAGGAUGGAGAGGUGACCUGUGAAAACCUGAGGUGUAACACUGCCUGUUCCCAUCCGAUUCCCCCCAGGAAUGGCAGCUGCUGCCCUUCUUGCACUGGCUGCUUUCAUAGUGGUGCUGUCCGAGAAGAAGGGGAUGUGUUUUCACCUCCUGAGGAGAACUGCACCGUGUGUGUCUGUCUGGCUGGAAAUGUGUCUUGUAUCUCCCUGGAGUGUCCCCCUGGUCCCUGUAAGACUCCCCCACAGUCAGAUUGCUGUGCUUGUGCCCCAGGGAGGUGCUAUUUCCAUGGCCAGUGGUAUACAGACGGCGCUGUGUUCAGUGGAGGUGGUGACGACUGUACCACCUGUGUCUGCCAGAAUGGGGAGGUACAGUGCUCCUUCACACCAUGCCCAGAACUGGAGUGCCCUCGAGAGCAGUGGUGGCUAGGCCCUGGACAGUGCUGUUUUACCUGCCGGGAGCCCACACCCACCACAGGCUGCUCCCUAGAUGACAACGGGGUUGAGUUUCCGAUUGGACAGAUCUGGUCGCCUGGUGACCCCUGUGAGUUAUGCAUCUGCCAGGCAAAUGGUUCUGUGAGCUGCAAGAGGACAGACUGUGUGGACUCUUGCCCUGACCCCAUCCGGAUCCCUGGACAGUGCUGUCCUGAUUGUUCAGCAGGCUGCACCUACACAGGCAGAAUCUUCUACAACAAUGAGACCUUCCCAUCAGUGCUUGACCCCUGCCUGAGCUGCAUCUGUCUGCUGGGCUCGGUGGCCUGUUCACCUGUGGACUGUCCCAUCACCUGUACCUACCCCUUCCACCCGGAUGGCGAGUGCUGUCCUGUGUGCCACGACUGUAACUUCGAAGGGAGAAAGGUAGUGAAUGGUCAGGUGUUCACCUUGGAUGACACGCCCUGUACCCGGUGCGUCUGCCAGCUGGGAGAGGUGAGCUGCGAAAAGGUCCCUUGCCAGCCAGUCUGUACUGACCCUUCCUGCCCAGAGUCCCUCUUUCCUCCAAAAGAAAGGCAGCAACCCUCCCCUCAUGGAGACCUUGGCAAAGCUGCUCAGAGCCUUCAUGGAGACCCUGAAGUCCCUGCCAACUGUAGCUCCUGUCCAGGGCCUCCAUCAGCAUCACCUGCAAGGCCCAUGCUCCAGCUCCUGCAGCUGUUUCUGAGAACAAACGUGUCUGGUGCGCAGACUGCAUUCCCAGGUCCACCAGUAGCGCACACCUCAUCCUCACCCCCACUGGAACCAGAGGGCACAUUUCUAGGGGAACCUGGAGCCUCCCAGCCUCCCGAGUCCUCAGCAGGGUCUUCGGUCUCUCCUGGAUCCUCCACUCUACCUCCAGGCUUUCCAGGGUCUCCUUGGUCACCUGCCACUCCAGAGAGCUCCUCCUCAGCCUUUGGGGCAGCAUUCCAGUGGCCUGUGUCUGCCGCCCAUUUGACUGAAGCAGAAGCACCUUCAACCACUGGUCCUGACCUCUCAGAGACCCUCCCUACCCCCUUGAAGCCUCAAAGACUCUCUGCUGCUCUCCUGGACACCCCCACUCCUGCUCCCCAACAGCCUACAACAGACAUCUCAAAGAAGGAAGAGUCUACCAUCUGAGUGUCUCGCCAUGCCUGGGACACACCAGACAGAGCUCUCUGCCAGUGGUCUGGUGGGUGUGUGUGACCCUGGGGGUAAUCCAGUGGGGUCUCAGGGAAGAUGGUCUAUAAGUCAAGGAGAAAGGCAGUGGAAGAAAUAGCUCAAACACCUGACUUUUGGACUUUUAGCAUCUGGAAUUGUGAGAACAUAAAUUUCUGUUUAGCCCCCAUCUUUGACUGUGGUAUUGGCUACAGUAGCCCUGGCACACUAAGUCAGCAGUGUCUGCUCAUGCUUGUGCAGAGCCAUGCCCCAUGUGAUCCUGUCGCUGCACACCCUUGACACUGAUGUCACAUAACAUCCAUCCUAGAAAUGUUUUGGGGGUGCCUAUUAUCUCUGUCAUUAUGCUUUGUUUUCAACACUGAUUUCAUGCAAUGUUCAUUUCAA